CAAGUCCCCCACGCCAUUUUGCCAAAUCGUCGCUCGGCAACCUCCAGCAACCCCUAUAUAAGGCCGGGAGAUUUCUAGGGUUUCCGCCGCCGCAGCCACACCCAGAACCAGCUAAACCCUACCAUCUUCCGCUUCCUCUCCACCGGCGGCCUCCCCGGUCAGAUCACCAUGUCGACGGAGAAGAAGCAGUUGAACACGAUGCGGGAGAUCAAGGUGCAGAAGCUCGUCCUCAACAUCUCCGUCGGCGAGAGCGGCGAUCGCCUCACUCGAGCUGCCAAGGUGUUGGAGCAGCUGAGCGGGCAGUCGCCAGUUUUCUCCAAGGCGAGGUACACUGUCAGGUCUUUCGGCAUUCGUCGUAAUGAGAAGAUUGCCUGCUAUGUGACGAUCAGGGGUGAGAAGGCAAUGCAGCUUCUCGAGAGUGGGCUGAAGGUGAAGGAGUACGAGCUCUUGAGGAGGAACUUCAGUGACACUGGUUGCUUUGGGUUUGGUAUUCAGGAGCACAUUGAUCUUGGCAUGAAGUAUGACCCAUCAACCGGCAUCUACGGUAUGGACUUCUUCGUGGUUCUGGAGCGAGCUGGAUACCGCGUCUCCCGCCGGCGCCGAUGCAAGGCCCGUGUUGGGAUCCACCAAAGGGUGACCAAGGAAGACGCCAUGAAGUGGUUCCAGGUCAAGUAUGAGGGUGUCAUCCUGAACAAGUCCCACGCUAGCUAGUAACCUUUCGAGUGAUUGAGUUGUCGUUAGAGCUUUAAGUCAGUCAAGCUUAAUCUGGAUCAUGGAAUCGUAUGUUUAUUGAAUACAAAGUUGCACUAUCAA